UUAUGAUACGAUAAGGCACUAUUCCCUUAGCGUUUCCCGCUCAGUCAUAAACACAAACGUUUGGCCUGCAAAAUACAAGUGACAGGGAGGGAAGGGAAGAGAGUGUGCUCCUGAUGAAGUACGUGUUGGUUACAGGCGGGGUGGUCAGUGGGCUGGGCAAAGGCGUCACCGCCAGCAGCAUCGGCCUCGUCCUCAAAGCCUGUGGCCUCCGCGUCACCUCCAUCAAAAUCGAUCCAUACUUGAACACAGAUGCUGGCACCAUGUCUCCCUUUGAGCACGGUGAGGUUUUUGUUCUUGACGACGGCGGAGAGGUUGAUUUGGACCUCGGCAACUAUGAACGCUUCCUAGAUGUAACUCUUACUAGGGAUAACAACAUUACCACUGGCAAGAUAUAUCAGUCUGUCCUUGAGAAGGAGCGGAGAGGUGAUUACCUUGGCAAAACUGUUCAGGUGGUUCCACACAUAACUGAUGCCAUUAAGAUAUGGAUAGAAUCUGUUUCAGUCAUUCCUGUGGAUGGAAAAGAGGGCCCUGCAGAUGUUUGUGUGAUAGAGUUGGGAGGGACUGUGGGUGACAUUGAAUCAAUGCCAUUCAUUGAGGCUCUACGCCAUUUGUCCUUUUCAGUUGGGAAAGAGAACUUCUGUCUUAUUCAUGUGAGCCUGAUACCAGUACUGGGUGUUGUUGGAGAGCAAAAAACAAAGCCUACGCAACAUAGUGUGCGGGAACUAAGAGCAUUAGGCUUGACUCCUCAUCUAUUAGCAUGUCGCUCUGCGGAGCCUUUGCUGGAAAAUACUAAGCAGAAACUUUCACAAUUUUGUCAUGUUGCAGCUGGUAAUAUUCUUAAUAUCCAUGAUGUACCAAACAUAUGGCACAUUCCUCUCUUACUUAGGAAUCAAAAAGCUCAUCAUUCAAUUCUUCAACAACUAAAUCUACUAAGCAUUGCCAUGCCUCCUGAUUUAAGAGAUUGGACCAAGAUGGCAGAGACUUACGAUAACCUGACCAAUUCUGUGAGGAUUGCCAUGGUGGGGAAGUAUGUGGGCCUUACAGAUUCGUACUUGUCUGUAGUAAAGGCCCUUCUGCAUGCUUGUGUUGCUUGUUCUUUAAAGCCAUCAAUUGACUGGAUUGCUGCUUCUGACCUUGAAGAUGAUAGUGCCAAACUGAUACCAGAAGCACAUGCUGCUGCAUGGGAGACCCUAAAGAAUGCAGCAUGUGUCUUGGUCCCUGGUGGAUUUGGAGAUCGUGGUGUGAGAGGUAUGAUAUUAGCUGCAAAGUAUGCCAGAGAGAACAAUGUUCCUUAUCUCGGGAUUUGUUUGGGCAUGCAGAUUUCAGUGAUUGAAUUUGCGAGAUCUGUUUUGGAUUUAGAAAGGGCAGACAGCACAGAGUUUGAUGCACAGACACCGAAUCCUGUUGUAAUUUUUAUGCCUGAGGGAUCAAGAACUCACAUGGGAAGCACAAUGAGACUGGGAUCCAGAAGAACACUUUUCCAAGCUCCUGACUGCAUUACUUCAAAGCUGUACCAUAACUCAGAGUAUGUGGAUGAACGCCACCGGCACAGAUAUGAGGUGAACCCAGAUGUUAUUGGAGUUCUUGAAGAAGCUGGCCUGAAAUUUGUGGGGAAGGAUGACAGUGGGAGACGAAUGGAGAUUUUAGAGCUUCCAAGUCAUCCAUUCUAUGUAGGAGUGCAGUUUCAUCCAGAAUUUAAAUCACGGCCUGGGAGGCCCUCUCCUCUAUUUUUAGGUCUGGUCUUGGCAGCAACGGGACAGUUGGAAACAUAUCUUGAUGAGAAUCAAAAUACAAGUUCUCCAGAUCAUUAGUUCAAGGUAGGUUUGUACUUUGAAUGCGAGAGCUCCCAUAGAAGAAGAAUUGGACUUGCGUUUGAGCUGUUUGUGCAUUGUUCCCCCUGGCUCUUUCUGAAUGUGGGUGAGAAAGUGGGAUGGGAAUGGGUUGGAUCAUCUCUCUUGACUCACAAUAUUCUGUGCUCCGUAUGCAUAAAUAGGUGCAUCUUAAGUGAUUGCAUUUGAGAAGAGACAGAUAUAUUUCUGUUCAUCGAUACAAAAUGGGACACAGUAUUUCUCUUAGCUCCAGUUUGUGUAGCGAAAUUGUUUAACAAGGGAUGUCGUCACUACAUGAGAAAACUAGACUAGACUAGAGUAGACUAGUACAGUCUGGAAUCUGGGUACGAUGACUGCAGCAGGUGGUCGGGACAACUCAGAAGGUGUGAUAUUGUUGUAAUAAUGCCAAUGCCAGCCCGGGACUGUUUGUCUACCAACUCUGUCUCUACUCUCUAGUUAUAUUGCUGGGUACUUUUAUCAAA